AUGUCUUAUUUCUUUUUGGAUGGUGCAGAAUAUGAUCCAGUCACCCCAGUUGUAGAGUCUUACCCUCUCAACGAGCUUUGUCCAGCAGCUGCCAUGCAUACGUAUCCCCCCUGGCCUGUUAUCUCUGCCAGUUUAGAUCCUUGUACAUCAGCAACACCAUCAUCGCCCGCUACAUCACUUGGCGAAGAGUUCGCGAUGGAUUUAUUUGAUAACCCCUGGGGACCUGCUUGUAGGAAGAGAGAUGACGAUGACCAGCCGCCAAAUCAAAUAUUCCUCAAAGAAGUCAAUCAGUCGUCCAGACUGCGGGAUAAUGUGCAUGAGUUACAGUUCUCCAAGCACGAUCUUUUGCUCCGCAAGCGGCAAAUACAGUAUCAAGAACACCAGGAAUUCCUCGAGCGUGGCAAAGCCGAUGCCCUCACAUCAUUGAAUGAGAAUCAUCAUAAUGAACUCGCCGACUUGCAGAAUCGGAUGGCGUUGGGUUUACGUGAAGCACAACAGGAGGCAUGCACAGAAUGA